AUGUCCUCUAACAACAAGAUUGCUGCAAGCGAUAAACUUGCAAAUGAACUGGCUAAGAAAAUGGUGGAAGAGAUAGAAAAGCGGGCGAACGAAAUGACGAAGCAAAAGAAUGAAGAGCUGAAGAAAGUAAAGAAAGAGAAGAAUGAAGAGCUGAAUAAAGUAAGAAAGGAGCUUAAGAAAGUAGUCACAGAUAAGGAUAAAAUGUUGAAGAAAGUGAUUAAGGAUAAUAAACAAGAGCUCGACAAAGUAAUAGAGGACAAAGAUAAAAAGCUUGAGGAGGAGCGUCGUGAGUUUGAAGGGUUAGAGGAUACUAACUCGGCACUCCUCAUAAAAGAACGUCAAAGCAGUGAUGAGAUACAAGAAGCACGCACAGAAUUGAUUAGGGGAUUCGGAUAUUUAUCGGGUGAAGGAUCCAUGAUCGGAGUAAAGAGAAUGGGAGAAGUUGAUGAAAAACCUUUUCUGAAAGUAUGCCAGCAGAGAUUCAAUGGCGACAAUGUUGCGCUGCAACAUGCCAUGCUUUGUUCAAUAUGGCAGAGAAACAUCAAUGACUCAGCAUGGUACCCAUUUAAAAUAGUUGUAACAGGAGAAAAAAUGAAGGAAGUUGUGGAUGAUGAAGACGAGAAACUAAAGGAAUUGAAUGAAGAGUGGGGAGAAGAUGUGAAGAACGCAGUGAGGACAGCUCUCGAGGAGCUUAACGAGUUUAACCCAAGUGGUCGGUACGCAGUUCCAGUACUGUGGAAUUUUGAACAUGGGAGAAAAGCCACGCUCAGUGAAGGUAUUGCUCAUAUGACGCAGCAGAUCAAUGAUCUCAAACGCAAACGAACCUAA